GCUGACUGUUGUAAAGUGCACAUCAACAACAUUAAACCAACAACUGAAGAAAGAAUGGUUAGGCCACUUAACAGGGAGCAUGUAGAAAAGCUAAGAGAAGGCUUCCUUGUGAAUGGCAAGCACUUCAAAAUCCUGGCAGCCAUCUUCAUCUCUGGCAGCAUGGACAAAGCUGAGGUUCCUGGCGGAGUGACCCUGGAAGUUCUUGGAGGGAACCAUUCCAGAGAAGCAUUGGCAUCACUGUACAGCAGUUGUCUUGUAGACCCAUUAGUUCUCGUGACAGUGUACAAGAACAGUCUGAGUACAACAGAAUGUUUAAGUGAUGCAUAUCAACAAAAUAAAGAGGAUGAAUUGUCAUUGUCAAUGAAUUUUAUUGACAAAUGCAUAAUUCUACGAAAGAUAAAGAAAAGAAAUAAGCAGUGGUCACCAGAAGCUAGUGCAAUAUUUGGAUAUAAGUCAAAUGCUGAGGCAAGAGCUAAACUAAGGACUAUGGCUGCCGUGGCUGACCUCGAUGAGGUAAUGUGGGCAUGAAUAGAGGCACUUGCCAGCCAGUGGACAGACAAGAAGCCGAUGAAGCAGACUGCCUUCACAAACUUCGUUACCUUGGAUGACAACAAUAAGGGGAGGUUGCUGACGGUAUGGGAGGAAUUAAGAGUCAAAAGUUAUCAGAAAGAGCUGAACAGACUCACGGCAAGAAAGAUGAAAGCUGCAGUAACACCAAACACACAAGAUGAGAAAACGGGCAAUACUGACAAUGAGAAUGAUGAUUGCAAUACAGCUACAAAUGGUUCAGAUGAACGUACGCACAGCUUAACUCAAGAGGAGUUUGACAGAUUGAAGGAAGAGAACAAGAAUAAAGAUAUCAUGGUGAGAAAGUUGCAAGAAGAAAAUCAGCAAUUAAAGAUUGACAAUGAGGAUCACCUUAAAACAAUAGAAAAACUAAGAGAUGAAGUAAAAAAGUAUGCAGUAAUGGCCGCUAAUCAUAAGGCUCACUCUGGUGAGAACGAAAGUCAGCAGAAAAAAUCCAGUAGGACUGCUAAGCGACCACUUGCGAAUGAAAGGGAGCCCUUGGUGGAUGAAAGUGAGCAACCAAGCAAGAAAGUAAAGUUCUCUGUUGGUGAAAAAGUUUGGGCAUUGUAUAAGGAUGGACAUUCCUACAAGGCCAGGAUUAUAAGGAUUAACAAAAAUUCCUACAGAGUGAAGUAUAUUCAAGAUGGAGUGGUCCAUAAUGUGGAUGGUGAAGGACUCGUUACUUAUGGUUGAAUUACCUGAAUUACCAGAAAUUUUCAUCUUAUGAACACAAUAGAGAUGUUAGAUCUUAAUCAAACUUGCACUUGUAUCAAUCCUUACGAGAACCAGUCAAAUUCCAUAUUACAAAAUCCUAUGAACUGAUUUUAUGUCAAAUUAACUCCCUCUGUUUCAAAUUAAAA